UGGAGGCUGGACGUGGGCGGAGACGGAAGCAGGAGUGUCUCGUGGAACCUUUAGGGGUCCUUGUUGCAGGUUGGGAAUAUGAGGCAGUUUGUGCCUCUGAAAGUCUUCCCUUUACAGAGGCAAGAAGAGGUGAAUGGUAAAGAUGAAUCAGUGGCCUUGUUAAAUUCAUCCGUACAAUUUUUAUACAUUUCCGGUCCUGAGAACAAAAGAAUAAAAUUGCACACCUGCGAAUGAAUGAAGCUUUAGAGAUUUCCACUCUUUGGGAAUGGUAGUUGAGCCCAGAGGAAAAAUGAACCAAGGAAGAGCAGCUUGGGAAGGACUGGCACUUUGUGGUUCUCUUCACAUGGAAGGCAGUGUGAUAAUUCAAGAAAAGGCAGGAUUGAAGAUCCAAAAUGAAGAAACAGUCAUUUUCGGUGCAAACAGGCAACCCUUCAGGGAGUUCUGCUACCAGGAUUCUGAGGGUCCCCGAGGACUCUGCAGCCGCCUGCAUCACUUUUGCAAACGAUGGCUGAACCCAGAAAAGCACACUAAAGCCCAGAUGCUGGACAUGGUGGUCUUGGAGCAGUUCCUGUCCAUCAUGCCACCCAAGAUGGGGAACUGGGUGCGGGAAUGCGAACCCGAGACCAGUUCCCAGGCAGUGGCCCUGGCUGAAGGCUUCCUUCUGAGCCAAGGAGAGGAGAAGCACCAAGGAGAAAUGCAGGGGGAGGUGUCCUUCCUGGGGUUAAUCACUGAGGUUCCUGAGGCAAAAGGGGAUCCAGUAAAUCUUUGUCAAAACAAUUUCCUUGGCGGAAUCUCCACAAAGGAUCUAAAUCAGGACUUGUCACCAGAGAACAGCGUCAUAUACCAGGUGGUGGUAGGAGAAACAUCUCCUCUUUCUGGUGAAGCUGAAACCAAUGUUGGGCUUCCUGGGCAGGAUCCCAUAUCCUUCAAGGAGUUGUUUGUCUUCUUCACCAAGGAGGAGUGGGACCUGUUUGAUCCCACACAGAAAGCUUUGCAUGGAGAAGUCAUGCUGGAGACCUCCUGGAAUGUAGCUUCUCUGUGCAAUGAGCAGAAGAAUGAUAUUUACCAGAAACCAGAAGACACACCUUUACAGAUUUUUAAGGUUAAAGUGGGAGAAGAAGUCUUCCAAAAUCAUUGGCAACCAAAAAGUGAAGAUGGAAUCCAAUUAAAUGAUCCACAGGAAAUAAAUCCUCCUUUAUGUCUGGAAAUCUAUGAUUUGCUGACCCAAGAAGAUCUUAAUAGAGAGAGAAUGGGGCAGUAUUUAGACUUCGAUAAAAUAUUUGAAGAACAAUCAAACUUCACUCACCCAUUUGAAUGGACACAGGAAAGGAAUCGGUAUGAUCAGAAUUCCCCAUCUUAUUGGGCGGAUGAGAUGGAGAAAAAGACAUUAGAAUGUAAGGAUUAUGAAAGCAACUUCAACUACCUCCACGAACCUAUUUCCCAUAAAAUGAAUCCCAUCGAAGAGAAUCCAUACAAGUGUAUUGUUCAUGGAAGGAGCUUUGCAAGGAAUGACAGACUUAUCACCCAUUUAAAAAAUCAUACAGGGGAGAAACCAUACAAAUGCACAGUGUGCGGAAAGUGCUUCACAAGGAACGAUAAACUUAUUGCCCACAUUAGAGUUCACACAGGGGAGAAGCCAUAUAAAUGCACAGAAUGUGAAAAGAGCUUCACAAGAAAUGACAAACUUGUCAAUCAUAUCAGAAUCCACACAGGGGAGAAACCGUAUGAAUGCUCUGAGUGUGGAAAGAGAUUCACAAAGAGUACAGAUCUUACAGCCCAUAAAAGGAUCCACACAGGGGAGAAACCCUAUAAAUGCACAGAGUGUGGGAAGAGCUACAGCCACUCUAGUAAUCUGAGUACCCAUAAGAGUAUCCACAAAAAGGAAAAACCACAUAAAUGCAUGGAUUGUGGAAAGAGCUUUAUAAGGAGCACAGAUCUUACUUCCCAUAAAAGGAUCCACACAGGAGAGAAACCACAUGAGUGCAAGGAAUGCAGAAAGAGCUUCACUCACUACAAUACCCUUACCUCCCAUAAAACCAUCCACACAGGAGAGAAAUCAUAUAAAUGUAUGGAAUGCGGGAAGAGCUUUAGGACAAACAGUUCCCUAACUUCCCACAAAAGGAUACACACAGGCGAGAAGCCAUAUAAAUGCAUAGAAUGUGGAAGUAGCUUCAGGACUAGCAGUUAUCUUACUUCCCAUAAAAGAAUUCACACGGGGGAAAAACCCUAUCAAUGCCCAGACUGUGGAAAGAGCUUCAAUCUUUCUAGCACCUUUGCUUUCCAUAAAGCAGUCCAUACAGGGGAGAAGCCCUAUCAGUGCAUGGACUGUGGGAAGAGCUUCAAUCAUCCUAGCACCCUCACUUCCCACAAAAGGACCCACACAGGAGAGAAACCCUAUCAAUGCACAGACUGUGGAAAGAGUUUCAGUCACCCUAGCACGCUCACUUCCCACAAAAGGAUCCACACAGGAGAGAAACCUUAUCACUGUGUAGAGUGUGGAAAGAGUUUCAACCACUCCAGCAAUCUUGCUUCCCAUAAAAGAAUCCACACAGGGCAGCGGAAAUAUAAGUGCCUAGCAUGUGGAAAGGGUUUCACUCAAAGUUCUCACCUUAUUUCCCAUGAAAGAAUCCACACAGGAGAGAAGCCAUUUAAAUGCAUGGAAUGUGGUAAGAGCUUUACUCAGAGUAGUCAUCUUACUUCCCAUAAAAGGAUCCACACAGGGGAGAAGCCUUAUAAAUGCUUGCAAUGUGGAAAGAGCUUUACUCAAAAUAGUCAUCUUACUUAUCAUAAAAGGCUUCACUCAGGAGAGAAACCUUACAAAUGCACGGAAUGUGGAAAGAGCUUUGCUGAUUCCAGUUCCCUUCUUGUGCAUAAAAGGAUCCACACAGGGGAGAAACCUUACAAAUGCACAGAAUGUGGCAAGAACUUCACCCUGAGUAGUCACCUUACUUCCCAUAAAAGGAUCCACACAGGAGAGAAACCAUUUCAGUGUAUGGAAUGUGGAAAGAGCUUUAGUACGAAGAGUUCUCUUAAAUUUCAUAAAAAGAUCCAUACAGGGGAAAGACCGUAUAUAUGCAUGAAAUGCGAAAAGAGCUUCAAGCGAAUUGCUGAUCUAACUCGACAUGACAGAACACAUAGAAAAGAAGUUCCAUACAAAUCUACCAGGUGUGGUAAAAGCUUCCAUAACAGCAGAUACCUUACUUCAUGUGAAAGAGUAGAAAAGCCAUUUGAAUGCAGACAGCAUGGGGAUGAGCUUUCCAUUGAUUAUGUUGACUAAUUAUUAAUAAAGGAGAAUAUUUUUAAAUUUUAAUCAUUAAUAAAGGAAACUAACUAUAAGCAGUGAAGUGUGUCAGCUUAUAGCAACCACAUAGAUGGAUUUUCUGCAGUCGAGUGUCCCGAGAUUUGGAUAUUAAUCACCACAAAGAAUUCAUACAAAGGAAAUGCUGUAUAAAUUCACUAAAUAUGGAGGGAAAAUUCAGUGAAAACAUCCUUUUUUUAAAAAAUAAACCUGUUAUCCUUUUUUCGGGGUGGAGUCAAAACAACUCAAUAGACUGAGUGUUUAACUUUGCUGGAUGCCCUUCCUGACACCUACAUGGAGUUCACAGCAGAUGUUUUCUCUUUGCAACCUGCUAGAGAAACAUCUGCCGCUACCUAGGAUUGAACUCAACCUUCUGAGUGGGAGCUGAGCGACUUCACCUCCAGGUUACCAUGCCUCUCAGUGAUAUUUCUCAACUUCCCAUAAAAAGAUUCAUACAGGAGAGAGAUCUUUUAAAUGUCUGGAAUGUGGAAAAGGCUUCAGAAGAGUAUUAUUAAUGCCACAGUGGGGAGAACUCAUAUAAAUGCAGUUAAUGUGGAAAGUACUUCAGUAUUAACAGAUUAUUUUACAGGCAGUCCUCAAUUUACAACAAUUUGUUUAGCGACUGUCCAAAAUACCACAGUACUGAAAAAAGUGACAAAACCAGACCUCGCACUUGUAACUAUUACAAUAUCUGCAUAAUCACGUGAUCAAAAUUGGGGGGUAGGCAACUGGUAUGUAUUUAUGAUAGUUGCAGUGUUCUGGAGUCACGUGAUUACUAUUUGUGACCUUCCCAGCUGGCUUCUGACGAGCAAAAUCAAUGGUAGAAUCGGGAUUAAUGAUGAUAUGAUUCAUUCAACAACUGUACUGAUUCACUUAAUAACUGGCAAAAGUUAUAAAACUGGACACAACUGGACUCACUUAACCACUUUGCUUAGCAAUGGAAAUUCUGAUCCUGAUGGUGGUCAUAAGUCCAGGACAAUCUAUAUAUAUGAAAAUAAAAGCAAAAAGGAAAGAAACCACACAAGUUAUGGAGACUGAAUAAAACUUUGUCCAUUGUAGUAACCUGAUUUCCCAUAAAUGAAACCACAUAGAAAAGAAAUUCUAAAGUAUGGAAAGUGCUUCAGAUGAACUUUAAUUUUACAUACCUCAAAAAAAAAAAAAAGGAGGAGACUGCAUACUACAAACAUCUACUAAUUUCUGACACCUUGGACUACAUCUAAUCUUCGAUAGUGAGGCAGAUUGUUGACUUUAGAAACUGAAUGGAUCCAGACAGUUUAAUUUUAAUUUCAUUUUAUUUAUCUUUCUCAAAAUUAAAUGAAGUGUCCUAAAGAAUUAAAAAUAACAACUUGGUGGAUUUGAUGGAAUGAUGGUUGAGUUUUGCUACAAAUAUUAACAAUGAAUAUUAUUGAUUGUAUUUGUAAAGGUGUUACUUAUUACUACUUAAUUAGCAAUUAGUGAACUUGAAGUGUUCUUUGAAACUAAGCAGAUUCCAUCCUGGUUAUUAAUUCUUGGUGGGCCUGAAAGAAAUUCUAGAGUUAUCAGCAGAAGGAUUUCCAGGUUGCUAAGAAAAAAUAUGAAUACAAUCAAUAAUUGCUGAGAUCAAUUUAUCUUUAUGUUUUAUAUUAUUUCAUUUGUAGUUAUUUGUUCUUGCUUGUGUAUUACAGAUUGAUUUUACUAUAAAACUCUUUAAAUGAU